AUGGGGCAGACCAAGCAUACCAAGCUGUACGAUGCGAUGGGCGUCACCACAGACGUCUCGGCCGAGGACCUCAAGAAGGCCUACCGGCGCAAGGCGCUGCAGCUGCACCCGGACAAGCGCGGCAACACGCCCGAGGCGCAGGAAGAGUUCAUGGCCAUGAAGGCGGCGUACGACAUUUUGAGCGACCCGAAGCAGCGCGAAAUCUACGACAUGAUGGGCGAAGACGGCGUCAAGCUCGUGAGCCAGUACGGCGACUUGGGCCCGGACGAGCUCCUCAUGGCGAUGCUCGGCUCCUUGAGCGCGUCUGGCCCGCUCGGCAAAUGCCUCAUUUUCUCGUUCGUCGCGCUCUUCCUUGGCUUCUUCUCGUCGAUCCCACUGUUCUUUUGCCUCAAGAUCGACCACGACGUGGGCUGGUCGUGGCUCACGGUGUUUGUGCCCAUGUGGAUUCUCGAUGGCAUCUACCUCUGCUGCAUCGGGUGCUCGUUCUUCGGGGACGACGCCGAUAUCCACCAAGAGCCCGAAGACCGCCAGUCCAAGCCGCUCCGGCUGCUUGGCAAAUCGCUGCUCCUCAUCAAGGCGCUCCUCUUCGUCGCCUGUCAGAUCUUUGUCGCGAUGAAGCUCCAGCACUCGAUUGACUGGUCGAUGCACCUCGUCUUGGCACCGUACUACGUUCUCGAAGGCUUUUACCUCGUGGAGAAGGUCAUUUCCGGCCUGCUGGCGUACUCCGCGUUUGCCCGCGCCUCUGCCAAUGACCCCUCCUCGACGUUUGGCAUGUCCAAGAUGAGCCUCAUGCUGGACAUUCUCAACUCGUGGACCAUGAGUCUCUUGCGGCUCGCCUUUGCACUGCUUGUGGCCUUCAAGAUCGAAGCUGCUCUCGAGUGCAGCUGGUGGAUUGUGUUUUUACCCGUGUGGAUCUACGUCAUUACGCUCGUUGUGCCCCAUAUUCAAACCUACUUGCGCCGGAAGCACCGGAUGGCGCACCUCGACGAAGACAACGUGCACGACGACGAGCCAGCGCCGAGCCUCUUUGGUCUCUUGUGCGUCUUCAUUGGAGUCUUUGCCGCCAUGUCGCCGUUCUUCAUCCUCGCCUACCGCCUCCAGUCGGGCGAUUUCUCGUCGUUUUACGUGCUCCUCCCGUGGCUCAUCAUGGUCGGACUCGUGCUGGCGCCGUGGGUGCUCAUGAUCCUCCUCAACCUCCUCGCGUGCUGCUGCUACUGCUGCUGCGGUCGCCAUGUCGAGCCCAAGGACAACGACCCAGCCACGCACCACCACGACACAGUGUAG